UAACUCGAUGGGAAUGAAAUUUAAAACUAUUGACUAGGACGCUCAAUAAUUUAAAACUGGUAACUCAAUGUUGUUAUGCAGUAGUUGAGUUACCUAAAAAGGGUCAGAGUUAAGCCCCCUGGACUAUUCAAUCCUCCCUUCCUGAUGGAUUCCCAUCUAACUGGAUAAAGUCUAGUGCCUAUGGGUAGGCCUAACACCUAGCAAGGGGUAGAUGGGCCUUAAAAGCUGUUGUGAAUGGCCGGUCCUCACAAGUAAAGUUAACUUAGGCCUGACCAUUAAUGUAGCUUGUUAUGUUGAUUGGAUUUUGGAGCUUAAAACUGUUUGAUUGUUUGUUAAUUGUCUCAUUUUUCAUUUAAGUUGUUGAAAGAUAAUUUAGCACUUUUGAAUACAUUUUGAAACACUAUUCAAUCUUACGUCAAUUGGGGUCAAAAUGCAAGUUUAAUUUUACUAAUCAAGGUUACUAUGAAUUUAGUUAUUGAUUAACCAUGGUUACCCUUUAUAUAAUAUAUUUUUUUUUCAAUUCUGGUUAACCCUAAUAAUAACUCAGAUCAACUUGUACAUUCUCACUCAAAACCCAAUUGAAGCUAAUCAAGGGGCACGGCUACUUAUGUCAGGUCACUUAUCCUGUUCACUAACCAGUUUGACGGGAUUAAACCCGGAGUCGACCCCGAAGUCCGAAUAAACAGGCAUCAGGUCAGUUUAUUUGGUGGAUUUCUUCCUGAAUUAAACAUCCAAUGAGAUAUUAAAAAAGGUAGAAACUGUUUAAAUUUCAUCUUCUUAUUUAACAUUACAUUUAAAACCAAUACUCUAGAUAGCCUCCAUCGGCCUGUUCCAACUAAUUUUCAGAGUUAAUCUUUCCAUUUCCAAUAGACAAACCAAUUAAUUAACUGUAUUAUUUUAGUGUAAAUUAUUUAAGCCAUUGAACUGGCAAUGAGUGACCAACAACCUAAAAGUGAUGAACCUACAAGUGUAUUACCAGUUGCAGAUGAAACCCCACCAGAGACAAUAACAAUUAUAACAACUUCAACAUCACCAUCCCACACACCGAGUCAAUUGUCACCGGUAACCAUAAGGACAAUCACACCAACACAAUCAUGUCAAAAAUCACCUCUACCUUCACCAUCAUCAUCACUACAUCCAGCAUCACCUUCACCCUCACCGUCCCCACAGCCACCACAGCAACAGCACCACUACCAACAGCAGCAACAAUAUCAGCCACAAGAAUACCAACAACCACCAGUUUCAUUGUCAUUUCCCACCGACCAAAGUCUUAACAUUUCUGAUGAGGUAAUCAAGGAAGACCCUUUAACUUUACGGUUAACAGAUUUGAAGAUUCGUGGAUCCCGAUUGCCUGGAGACAAUGGAUCAAGUCCUAGUAUUGUACCAGAUUGGUUUAACCGUGAAUUAUUUGAUCUUGGCAGACAAGUCGGACGUAAUCACCUUUCUUCAGUCCUUUUCAGUCAUCUAUCAGGAUUGUCAAUGGUUGUUCACAUUCCCUCCAUCCUUGCCACCCUCCUUGCUACCGGUAAAUCCCGAACACUUGGUGAUAUAUUUACACGCUAUUUGGGUACAUUGAGCCAUGUAAUCACAUGGUAUGAAGGAGAUAUUUGGAAUCAAAAUGAUGCAGCUCAUAAAUCGUUAAUAACUGUUCGUCGGAUGCACUCAAAUGUCGCCUCACGCAUGAACCCACCGCGAUCAGGGAAAAAUUAUCAUUCUAAUGACCAUUAUUCAAAUGACAGGCAAAUUUAUUUAUCACAAUACGACAUGGCUUUAACCCAAUUUGGAUUCAUUGGACUAAUCAUUUUACACCCUAAACAAGUUGGUUUCCCAGAAAACUCUCAAGACCUUGUUGGUUUAAUUCAUUUUUGGCGAUGUGUUGGUUACCUUUUAGGUCUCGACGAUAGAUUCAAUAUCCUGGAUGAAUCUGAUUUACCUGGAACUCGAGCUUUAUGUGGUCGCCUUCUUGAAAGUGAAUUCAAACCAGCAAUUAACCGUUACCCAACCAACCAGGCAAGUCAAAUGAGUACGGCAAUCAUCCAAGCAAUCAAAGCCAUCAUUCCCAUUUUAUCGACCCGAGGCUUUACCAAAUAUCUUUAUAAAAUGACUACUCUGGAAGCACCGGUCUCUUUGGAUGGAACCGCGGCUCGAGUUGGUUAUCAGGGAAUCAAAGUUGUCAUGAGAAACUGUUUACCUAAGCCAUUAUUAACUCCAGCCAUAAAUGCCCUUCUUAAAAAAUCGAUACUUAGAGCUCAAAAGAAAAGUGAUACAAUUAAAUCUCGAUUAACCAACAAGGAUGAUCUUAUUUUGGAGGAAACCUGCUUCACUGAUGUCUGAUCUUACCUGACAUUAUCAACUUAAUUCCGAUCUUUUUAUACAAUGAUAAUCUUAUAAUCUUAUAAUCACUCUAUUCUUGCACGACUUGCUUAAAAUUAAAGGUAAAAACAAAUCAACAUUCUGGUUAAACUACAUUUUUUUGUGAAUUCAUACAAAAACAUAUGAUCAUUCAGAGUAUCUGUUGAGUAUUUUUCAAUGCAAUCAUUUUUAAAAUUGAUUUUCUUUCAUUUUUUGCUCUUCAAAUUAACAAUCAAAAAGAGUUGGUUGAUUUAUUAACAAAAAAGCGACGACAUAAACAUAAAUCAAAUUGCUAUCAUAAUCUUGCCACUCAAGUUUGUCUAAUUCAAGUCAAUGAGACGACUUUUUGCUAACCAAAUUAAGUUGAUGAUUGAGUGAUUGGUUGAUAAAAUAUCAAUUGGCUAGUUUGCCUCAAUUAGAGGUAAUUUUCAAAAAUUUAGUUCAUUAUUUACCAUCUCAACUGAUGCUCUGGUUAAUCACAAAUUGUUUAAUCAUCAUUUAAUUGACUUUCAGUGCGAGUUAAUGAAUUCAUGGACCUUCGACCUUAGCUCAAUCUAAUUAGUGUAACUUGGAUCCUUAUGCCAACAAAGUUGAUUAUACAUUCAUUUAAGAUUUACUCAUCUUCAUUAGACUGUAUGUUCCCAAUCAACAUAAAAAGGUAAUUGUAUCAGAUGGAAAGUGUAUCAAGAAAAUUUGAUUAUCCCAUUGUUAAUCAAAUACAACACCAAUUGUCCUCCAGUUGUCGAGACAUCUUUGUUACCAAUCUAUUAUAUUAAUAGCAAUGCCCUUCAUGGCUAGAGUCUGAUUCAAAUCUAAUUCAACUUUAUUAAAAUAAUGAACUUUUCCUUUCAACCUAAAAUGAAACAGAAAUGACUGAAUAAAGCUUUAAUACCAAACCAUCAAACGUCUGAAGUUUUAUUAAUAAUCCGAACCAGAACUAAUCCGUAGCUGAUCAAGGAAUCUAAUUUUAAUAGUUGGCCUAAAUGCUUGUAUCAAAUCUCAAUGCCUUGUCAUAAGGAUUAAGAUUUUGCUUUUGCUUGGAUUUGCCCUCAAUGUUCCGAUGUGAUUUAAGAGUCAAAUAUUGAUUAAAUGAAAGUUGAUUAACCUUUGGAUUAUCCUUGAAAUAAAUCAAUUAAGGAAAUAUUGAACCAUUGCUUUAUGUUAGUGUUGAUUAAAUUGUUGACUUUUCUUGGCAAAAAGGUAACAAUUUUGGGUGAUAAAAAAACAGUGCAUGUUAAACAGCUAUUAAACGGUAGUUAAUCGGUGAUCAUGAUUAUUGUUGAUGCGUUAAUCAGUUGAUCAAAAGCAAUUUUAAAGGUCAAUCUGAUAAAAACAGUUUAAGGCAACCAUCAAUCAAGAUGUCAAAUAAAAUGAAACAAACAAUUGACACUCGCGAAAGUAAAAUAUUGAGAUUACCUCUUCCUCAGAAAGUAUUGAGAUCAUUUCGUUCCAAUCCACUUGCAGACAAAAAAUUAUUUUUUCUCGGCUUUUUUUCGCUGAUUUGCUUUCUUAAAUCAUGGGAGUGAUCAUGAUGAUCAUGUAAGAUAGUUGUUGGUCAGAAAAAACAAUUGUCACAUAAAACUGAAAUUGAGUUGAAAAAACGGCUGAUGGGAAUCACCUAACAUGGUAAUGAUGACCGAGACUAUCAAGAAAGUGACUGCUAAUUGCUGAAGAGGCAGAGUCAAGAAUGCUAGUUACAUUUAAGUGACAACAAUUUACUAUUUAGUAUAUAAACUGCGAUCGGAUGUGAAAUUUAAUCAGACAAUCUUUUGGUAUUGAUUAGUAAACAACAACAAUAGUGACAAUAGCUAUAUUAUUGUGUUAAACAGUGUCGCAAAUCAAACGGAUAAAGGGAACCAAAAUGUUUAAGUUUAUUUGCUUAUUUGCAAUCGUGUUCACGGUUUCGUGUGACAAAUUGGCUGAUGGUACUAAGGCCAUAUCUGCUUUAGAAGGACCCAAACCCAUAUCUCAACUUCGAGAUGUCCAACAUGAACUAGAAACUGCGGCUUGUCACCACCACCACAAGCCUCAAGAGCACCACCACCAUCACCAUCACCACCACGGCAAACAACAAGCUCACCAUCAUCAUCAUCACGGACAUAACGUAAGUUUCAGGGAAUUAUAAAUUUGAUUUGAAAGCAAGAACUCUUGAAACGAGUGUAAACAUUAAGGAUAAGGAAUGCAAGUUUGGAAACAAUUAGAUCAGAGUUUAUUUUGAUGGUAUACUAAUCCUCAACUUGAAUUUUCAACUUCACAGCACGGACACCAUCAUGGUCACAAUCAUCAUCAUGGUCAUAAUCAUGGUCAUAAACAUGGACACUGGCAUGAGCACAAGCAUGGUCAUGGACAUAAGCACGAUCACAAGCACGACCAUAAUCAUGGACACGGUCACGACCAUAAACAUGGGCAUAAACACGGACAUGAACACAAACACGGGCAUCAACACGGUCAUUCUCAUGGACAUAAACACAAGCAUGGCCAUCAUCAUGGUCAUCAUCAUGGACAUCAGCACGGUCAUCAUCAUGGCCACAAACACGGGCACCAUCACGGUCAUGGACAUGGACAUGGACAUGAACACAGUGGAUGGCACUCACACUCUCACCACGGCUGGCAUGGACAUCAUCAUGGUCAUCAUGGUCAUCAUGGACACCACGGUCAUCAUGCUCAUGGUUGGUCAGCAACUGAAUUCACUAGCCCAAUCCAUGGUUUCUCAACUGGUAAUGAUCACCAAGGACAUCUCUCAAUGGAUCAUGCUGGUCAAAUGUUCAUGCAAGAAGGUCCAAUGGGCCACAUGUCUUCCAAUGAUCAUAUGGGACCUCCAUCAGAUGCUGGUUCAUUUGAUGGCUUUGCUAUGGUUGAAUCAUCCGAGCCUGGUCCAGGAGCUGGUUAUCAAGUCAUUGGAUCCCCUAAUGAAGCUAAAAUAUCAGCAGCUGAUCAAAUUGGCUUAAGUGAUUUUGAGACAGCUAAGGUUGCCGCUGAAUCUAUCUUUGCUUAAAUUGUAAAAUAAUCCGAGCUGAAACCAACUCAUUCCUCUGAAAUAAUGCUACUGCUGUGCAGAAUCAUUUAUGUAAAUUAUUAAUUCUCCAUUUAACUGUAAAUUAUUGUAAAUUAAAAUUUGACGAUGUAAAGUUUCCGUAUUUAAA